CUCAACACAUAUUGCAACAAACCACACAACCCGAUUUCUCUUCCUAUCUUAAUUUCAAUCUUACCUUUUGCAUAAAUCUACAUGGCUUACUGGUCAUCAGGCUCUGGUGCUGAUACCCAGAAGCUCAUCAGGGGCGACCGGGGUAUGGUGGCUAUGUCUGAUGACAAUAUCAUGAUGAAGCAAAUCAUAGCAACCCACACCCCUGAUGGAAGAGAGGUUGAUGUUAAACCUCUUUUCUUUCUCGUUCAGGACAUCCUCAACCGUGCCACCUUUCAAGUUGAUAUCCCUGAGGGUGUCCAAGCACAAAUGGAGAUUGAGGACAAGUCCCAGCAAGCUGGUUUGUUUGCCAUGAUUGAUGCAAUAUCUUUUACGAUUGACAGGAUUUCUUGCGAGAUAGCAUACAAAGCUUUGGGAGGUUCAGAUGCGCAUGCAACAACUGUCUCUCUAUUCAGCCUGCUAGCAACCUACUCUUGGGAUGCUAAGUUGGUGCUCACCCUGGCAGCUUUUGCUCUAAACUAUGGAGAAUUCUGGCUCCUUGCUCAGAUUUACCCCGCAAACCAACUAGCCAAAUCAAUGGCAAUCCUGAAGCAAUUGCCUUCCCUAAUGGAGAACACUGGUCCAUUGAAAGCACGCUUUGAUGCACUUAACAAUCUGAUCAAGGCUAUGAUGGAUGUGACCAAGUGCGUCAUUGAGUUCAAGGAGCUACCAUCCGCCUACAUUCACCAGGAUGUAGCUGCAUUUUCCACUGCCAUGACCCAUAUCCCAAUCGCUGUCUACUGGACCAUAAGGAGUAUCGUGGCUUGCGCAACGCAGAUCACUAUGCUCACUAGCAUGGGCCAUGAUUAUGCAGUAUCAACCACAGAGUCAUGGGAGCUAUCCACCUUGGCUCACAAACUCAAGACCAUAUAUGAACAUCUUAGGAAGCAGCUGGCUACAUGCUACCAAUACAUAGAGGAAAAGAAAAGUCUUGAAGCCUAUCAAAUGCUUCUGCAUCUCUUUGAAACGCUCCAUGUUGACAACAUGAAGAUCCUAAGGGCCUUGAUCUAUGCCAAGGAUGAUUUGCUGCCACUUGUUGAUGGUGCUUCUAAGAAAAGGGUUAGCAUUGAUGUGCUGCGGAGGAAGAAUGUAUUGCUGCUCAUUUCUGGCCUAGACUUCUCCCACGAAGAGCUUUCUAUUCUGGAACAAAUUUACAGUGAAUCAAGGCAGCAAGCAGGCAGGCUAGAGAGUCAAUUUGAGGUUGUUUGGAUUCCAAUUGUGGAUCGGUCAAUCGAGUGGAAUGAAGCAAUGCAAAAGCAAUUUGAGAUCCUGCAGGCUUCAAUGUCAUGGUACACAGUGCACCAUCCAACCCUGAUAGAGAAAGCAGUGAUCAAGUUCAUCAAGGAAGUGUGGCAUUUCAAGAACAGGCCAAUUCUUGUAGUGCUAGACCCUCAAGGGAGGGUGGUCUGCCCAAAAGCAAUUCACAUGAUGUGGAUUUGGGGAAGCAAUGCCUUCCCUUUCACAAGCAUGAGAGAAGAAGCACUCUGGAAGGAAGAAGCCUGGAGGCUUGAGCUUCUAGUUGAUGGCAUUGAUCCAAUGGUUCUCAAUUGGAUUAGAGAAGGAAAAUACAUUUUCUUGUAUGGAGGAGAUGAUCUAGAAUGGAUACGUAAAUUCACAAACGCAGCACGCACAGUUGCAACUGCUGCACGCAUCCCUCUGGAGAUGGUGUAUGUGGGGAAGAGCACCAAGAGGGAACAAGUGCGACGAAUCAUGGCAAGCAUCCAAAUUGAAAAGCUAAGUCAGGCGUGGCCAGACCUCACCAUGGUAUGGUUCUUCUGGACACGUCUCGAGAGCAUGCUAUUCUCCAAGAUUCAACUGGGCAGAGCCGAUGACCAAGACCCCAUGAUGCAAGAAAUCAAGAAACUUCUGAGCUAUGACAGAGACGGCGGAUGGGCCGUGCUAAGCAAAGGCUCCCAGGUAGUAGUGAAUGGACAUGGAACCACCAUUGUGCCUGCAUUGUUGGAAUAUGAUAUUUGGAAGGAAAACGUGCCUGUUAAAGGUUUUGAUGUGUCAUUUAAGGAGCAUCAUCAGAAACUUCAUGGCAUUGCUCACCCAUGUUGCCGCUUUGAGUUCUCGAGUCAUUUUGGAAGAACUCCGCACAGCAUGACAUGCCCUGAGUGCCUCCGAGUGAUGGAGAAAUUCACAACUUUCUGCUGCUGCCAUGAUGAUCAUGUUCCAGGCAUAGGCUCAAGCUCGCUAUACUAAUAAUAUGGGGGGCUUUAAGUUUCUCUUCUAAUUAGCUUUGCUAUAUGUAAUACGGCCUCCAAACCAUGAUGCGUUUUGUUUUGUGUGUUUAUUAUGGUACUAUUAUGAAAUAAAAUUCAUGUGUGAGAUGUAAUGUAAUGUCAAUGGCCCCAUUAGGGGCUACUUUGGAUUUGACAAUAAAUUUAAAGAGUGAUUAUGUUAUCA